CCGGAAGACGUGGCGGCUCUCUCCUGGGUUGUUUCCCGGCUUCAUUCCUCUGGUCUUGGCUUCACACCCUGGGUUCCUCGAGGCGCCGUCGUCGUUGUCCUCACCCCUGCAGCCAUGAUCUCCUUAACGGACACCCAGAAAAUUGGAAUGGGAUUAACAGGAUUUGGAGUGUUUUUCCUGUUCUUCGGAAUGAUUCUCUUUUUUGACAAAGCACUACUGGCUAUUGGAAAUGUUUUAUUUGUAGCUGGCUUGGCUUUUGUAAUUGGUUUAGAAAGGACAUUCAGAUUCUUCUUCCAAAAACAUAAAAUGAAAGCCACAGGAUUUUUCUUGGGUGGCGUAUUUGUAGUCCUUAUUGGUUGGCCUUUGAUAGGCAUGAUCUUCGAAAUUUAUGGAUUCUUUCUCUUGUUCAGGGGCUUCUUUCCUGUGGUCGUUGGCUUCAUUAGAAGAGUGCCAGUCCUUGGGUCCAUCUUGAAUUUACCCGGAAUUAGAUCAUUUGUAGAUAAAGUUGGAGAAAGCAACAAUAUGGUAUAACAACAGUGAAUUGAAGACUCAUUUAAAAUAGUCUUAUUUAUAAAGUCCUUUGAAGAAUAUUCAUCACAGAUUAAAUUACAUGAAAUAGCUUGUAAUGUUCUUUACAGAAGUUUAAAAUGUAUACCAACAAAGUACCAACAGCAGUUUACAAAGAAGCAGUGAAAACAGGCUUCUAAUCAAGUGAUGUAAGAAGUCAGCAAGCAAGCUGAAGGAGAUGAAAUCUGUUACAAUGCAUAUUGAAACUCGUGAAGGCAAUUUUUAUUGUUUUUCCACAAUAUGCGAAACUCAGCCAUCCUCAGAGAGCUAUGGUGCCUGAUUCUUUUUAUCUUGAAGGUUCAGGAGCACCUGUAGGCAUUUGCUUUUUAGAAAUGUCCACUACAAUUGGAAAAAUAUUUCCACUUGCACUGUGUCUCUGAAAGUGAUGCAUGAGUUAAAUUGGAUGAUGUUACUUUAAUGUAUGAAAACCAAGGAAAACCCAGUUUUGAUGUAUGAAUCACUUUUUUUUGGUAAACAUGGUGAAAAUAAAACUUUUGCGAUUCUU